GGCCAGUGAAAUGAAGCCGAAGAAGAAGACGAGGCUGAAGAUAACAUGGCUGCUACGAUGAAGUUAUGAAUCGUUUAAACGUUGCGUUUUUGUUACAAGGGCAGCGUCUUGAUUGAAAACGAAGGAAAAUGAACAAAUGAGAUGAUUAUUAUGACACAAGUUUAGUAUGAAGCUUGAUAUGCUUACGUGAGCGGUUAUAUUUUCAUCCUUACAUUGAAAAACCCAUUACAUCUUGUAUAACUCCGGUUUAGAAAACAUGAAUCGCCCAAAGCAAACGGCUCUGCGGAGACCUAGUGCAGCAAAACCAUCAGGUCACCCACCACCAGGGGACUUCAUUGCCCUGGGAUCGAAGAGCCAGGGCGGGGAACCCAAAGUUCCCGCUGUCCUCCUGAAACCCGCAGCGGCAGGUUUACCAGUUGACCGUAAGAGAGAGACGUCGUCCACUCUGCCCUCAUCAUCAGGUCUGUCUAGUCUCACCAAGCGUCCCAAAUCAUCAACCACUCCUCCGGUCAGCUCCCUGGGAAGACUGGCUGAUGCAGCUGCUGUGGAUAAGAGGGCUAUAUCCCCCUCCAUUAAAGAGCCUUCAGUGGUGCCCAUUGAAGUGUCGCCAGUUGUGCUGCUGGAUGAGAUCGAAGCUGCCGAGUCGGAAGGAAACGAUGACCGCGUCGAGGCGCUGCUGUGUGGAGCCGCGAGUCAGCUCAAGAUGAACAGAGCCAAACCUGACAUCACUCUGUACCUCAGUCUCAUGUUCCUGGCCAAGAUCAAGCCAAAUGUUUUUGCAACUGAAGGAAUCAUUGAGGCCCUGUGCAGCCUCCUGCGUCGGGAUGCAUCCAUCAACUUCAAAGCCAAAGGAAACAGCCUGGUGUCCGUUCUUGCUUGCAAUCUGCUGAUGGCAGCCUAUGAAGAGGACGAGAACUGGCCAAAGAUUUUUGUGAAAGUGUACAUUGAGGACUCUUUGGGGGAGAGAAUCUGGGUGGACAGCUCUCACUGUAAGACCUUUGUGGACAACAUCCAGACUGCUUUCAGUACAAAGAUGCCGCCAAAAAGUAUGCUCCUGCAGACUGACACAAGCCGCUCGGGUGGAGACCUGAGUGCAGGGAGCAGCCCACACCCGUCAACACCUGAUGAAGAUGACAGUCAGACUGAACUGCUGAUAGCAGAGGAGAAACUCAGCCCUGAGGACGAGGGUCAGGUGAUGCCGAGGUAUGAAGAACUGGCUGAAAGCGUGGAGGACUACGUGCUGGAUGUCCUCAGAGAUCAGUUGAACCGCAGGCAGCCCAUGGACAACGUGUCUCGAAAUCUGCUCCGUCUUCUCACAGCCACAUGUGGCUACAAAGAGGCACGACUCAUGGCUGUGCAGAGGCUGGAGAUGUGGCUUCAGAACCCAAAGCUGACCCGACCGGCCCAGGACCUUCUCAUGUCCCUGUGUAUGAACUGCAACACCCACGGCGGUGAUGACAUGGAGGUGAUCUCCAACCUGAUCAAGAUCCGACUCAAACCCAAAGUCCUCCUCAACCACUACAUGCUGUGUGUCAGGGAGCUGCUGAAUGCCCACAGAGACAAUCUCGCCACAAUGGUGAAGCUGGUGAUCUUUAAUGAGCUGUCCAACGCCAGAAAUCCAAACAACAUGCAGGUUCUUCACACGGUGCUGCAGCACAGCCCAGAGCAGGCCCCGAAGUUUCUGGCCAUGGUGUUCCAGGACCUGCUAACCAACAAGGACGAUUACCUCCGCGCCUCGAGAGCUUUGCUGAGAGAGAUCAUCAAACAGACCAAGCAUGAGAUUAACUUUCAGUCCUUCUGCUUCGGUUUAAUGCAGGAGAGAAAGGAGACCAGCUACGUGGACAUGGAGUUUAAAGAGCGUUUUGUUAUCCAGGUGACAGAUUUACUGACGGUCUCCAUGAUGCUGGGCAUCACUGCUCAGGUGAAAGAAGCCGGUAUCGCGUGGGAUAAAGGGGAGAAGAAGAACCUGGAAGUUCUGAGGUCCUUCCAGAAUCAGAUUGCUGCCAUACAGAGAGAUGCAGUGUGGUGGCUUCACACUGUGGUUCCCACCAUCAGCAAAGUUGGUCCCAAAGACUAUGUUCACUGCCUUCACAAGGUGCUGUUCACGGAGCAACCUGAGACGUAUUACAAGUGGGACAACUGGCCUCCAGAAAGCGACAGGAAUUUCUUUCUUCGCCUCUGCUCUGAGGUUCCCCUACUGGAGGACACACUGAUGCGCAUCUUGGUAAUCGGACUGUCCCGUGACCUACCACUGGGCCCAGCAGAUGCCAUGGAGCUGGCAGAUCACCUGGUUAAGAGGGCCGCAGGAGUUCAGUCAGAUGGUAAUUUGGAGGUUCUAAGAGUGGAAAGGAUUCAGCUCAUCGACGCAGUGCUGAAUCUCUGCACGUACCACCACCCCGAGAACAUCCAGCUGCCCCCGGGGUACCAGCCACCGAAUCUGGCGAUAUCCACGCUCUACUGGAAGGCAUGGCUGCUGCUUCUCGUGGUGGCUGCGUUUAAUCCUCAGAGGAUAGGUUUAGCUGCGUGGGAUGGCUAUCCCACCCUAAAGAUGCUCAUGGAAAUGGUUAUGACCAAUAACUACACCUACCCUCCAUGCACCAUCGCUGACGAGGACACAAAGACGGAGAUGAUCAACAGGGAGCUGCAGAUCUCGCAGAGAGAGAAACAAGAGAUCCUGGCCUUUGAGAGCCACCUGGCUGCAGCUUCCACCAAACAGACCAUCACGGAGAGCAACAGUCUUCUCCUUUCCCAGCUCACCAGUCUGGAUCCACAGGGACCUCCUCGUCGGCCGCCGCCACAGGUCCAGGAGCAAGUAAAAACCCUCAACCAGUCUCUGCGUCUGGGGCACCUUCUCUGUCGCAGCCGCAACCCAGACUUCCUCCUUAACAUCAUCCAGCGACAGGCCUCUUCUCAGUCCAUGCCAUGGUUAGCUGAUCUGGUUCAGUCCAGUGAGGGGUCCUUGGAUGUGCUUCCAGUACAGUGCCUGUGUGAAUUCCUCCUGCAUGACGCUGCGGAUGACAAUCAGCCAAUAGAUGAUGACGAUGAAGGAGAGAGCAAAGAGCAAAGGGCUAAGAAAAGACAAAGAAAACAAAAGCAAAGACAGCUACUCGGUCGACUCCAGGAUCUGUUGUUGGGUUCCAAAGCAGACGAGCAGACGACAUGUGAAGUGUUGGAUUAUUUCCUCCGUCGUCUCAGUUCAUCUCAGGUGGCGUCCCGUGUCCUUGCAAUGAAGGGUUUGUCUCUGGUGCUGAGUGAAGGAGCAUCGAAGGACGGAGAAGACCGAUAUCAACCAAUGGAGGAAGACUCUGCGGAUGCUGAGCUCCUGCCUGGUUACCAGUGGCUUCUUCAAGAUCUGCCAAAGCUGCCGUUAUUUGACACUGUCAGGGGAAUGACGUCCACUGCUCUCCAGCAGGCCAUCCACAUGGAAACAGAUCCACAGACCAUCAGUGCCUACCUCAUCUACCUGUCCCAGCAUGCACCGGUGGAGGAGCAGGCCGCCCAUAACGACCUAGCACUGGAUGUUGCUCGGCUGAUCGUGGAACGCUCCACCAUCAUGAACAGCCUCUUCUGCAAACACUCGUCUCGGCCCGAGUCUGAGGCGGUGCUCUUAGCUUUUCUCUCCAUCUUCUCGGCUUACAUUAGAAGGAUGAGGAAAACCAAGGAGGGAGAGGAUCUGUACAGCUGGUCUGAAUCUCAGGACCAGGUGUUUCUGCGUUGGACGACAGGAGAAACCGCAACGAUGCACAUCCUUGUAGUUCACGCCAUGGUUAUACUGCUGACACUUGGUCCACCUAAAGGAGAGAGCGAUUUCUUCCAUCUUUUGGACAUUUGGUUCCCUGAUAAGAAACCCCUUCCUACUGCUUUUCUGGUUGACACGUCGGAGGAGGCCCUACUGCUGCCUGAUUGGUUGAAACUUAGGAUGAUUCGUUCAGAGGUUUCUCGACUGGUUGAUGCAGCUCUCCAGGACCUGGAACCUCAGCAGCUGCUGCUGUUUGUGCAGUCGUUCGGUAUCCCUGUAUCAAGCAUGAGCAAACUGCUGCAGUACUUGGACCAGGCCGUUUCCCAUGAUCCUCAGACGCUUGAGCAGAACAUCAUGGAUAAACACUACAUGGCUCACCUGGUUGAAGUGCAGCAUGAACGAGGUGCCACUGGGGGGCACACUUUCCAUGCAUUACUUAACUCCUCUCUUACUCCAAGCAGAGACUCUGCUGAUGGGAGUAAAGUCAAGGUAACAAUGGAAACACAACACAGCUCUGUGAAGAUGAGAGCAGCCAGUCAACUUCCUGUCAUCGGUCCUGACGAUGAUUUAACCGGCUUGUUGCUUCAGAUUUUCCCUUUGAAGACGGAUGCUCGUUGGCAUGGCCCCCCUCCCAGCCAGCUCUCUUUAGCCUUGCAGCAAGCCCUGGCUAAAGAACUGAUGCGAGCCAAACAGGGCCAAGUUCAACAGAGCAGUUUGGCCUUUCACCUCUUGCAGGCCAUUGCGGCCUUGCUCACUUCUGCCCACGCGGGGCCAAUCGUCAUGUCAAUGCACCACAGCCAUGCCCUUUCCUGUCCGCUAAUGCGUCAACUUCACCUCUAUCAGCGUCUUGUGGCCAAGGAUGUUGCCUUUUCCUCCCUGUUCCUCAAAGUCGUAGUUGAGAUGUUGAUCUGGUUGGACAACCCAACUGUGGAGGCAGGGCCCCUGAAAACUCUGCUCAGAUCUUUUGCCGGUCAGAGCUCUCAUACACACAGACACAACGAUGUGAGGACAGGCUUCCUUCACCUGGCUGAGGCCUUGGCCUACCGCAGGGACACUGACGUGCCACUGAGAGCUGUCAUUGCUAUGCUGAAGGCAGGAGACAGAUGUAAUGCGGAGGCAGAGCUCAUUAGCAAAGUACUACAGGGGCUCAUGGAGGUCAAGUCUCCAUACCUGGAGGAGCUUCUGUCUCUGUUGAUGAGUGUAGGAACACAGAACGGGACGGCCGGCCCCGUAGCCAUGGUGAUUUCCCUGCUGCUGCAGGAGAGCGAGGAACCAGCUGUGAAAAAGGAAGUGGAUUCCAAAAUUUCUGAGGUGACAAAGUCUGGACUUAGCUCUGGGCUGCUCGUGGACUGGCUGGAACACCUUGACCCAGAGGUGACGUCAGUGUGCCCUGAGCUUCAACAGAAGCUGCUGUUUGCUCUCAAUAAGGUCCAAGGCACCCCGGCGUACAGACCGUACCUGCUGGCUCUGCUCACACAUCAGUCAAACUGGCCCACUCUCCUGCCCUGCAUCAGCGCUCUCCUCAGCAAGCGGCGUGACUACAAACUGGACCCAUCAUCAGCCCUGGACUUCCUGUGGGCCUGCAGCCACAUCCCACGUAUCUGGCAGGGCCGUGACCAGAAAAUACCACAAAAGAAAACUGAGAAGUUUGUGCUGCGACUCAGUUCCGAGGAGCUGAUCAGCCUGGUGGAUUUGAUUCUGUCUGAGUCAGAGCUCAUCAGUCACACCAAAGAGGAACAAGAUGACGAAGGCAGGGUGGACCAGGCCUGUCGCUCCCUCAUACAGUCACGGCUUCCCCUCCUUCACUCCUACUGCAAUGGAGACCUGGAGAACAUUAAGAAAGUGUCGCAGUACCUCAUCAACUGUACCGCCACGUGGGAAGACAGGGCCAUGAGUAAGAGAUGCCAGGACCUGCUGCUGCAGAUCUACUUACAUUUUCCUGAGGUCAUCCAGCACGUGACCCUGCCUGAGGGCACGUUCAGCAGUGGAGGGGCUGCAGACGGGAGCAGCUGCAAGCUGGACGUCCUCGUCCACCGCCUGGUCACUCUUCUUGCUGACAUCGGAGACUCAAAGUCCGCUGAGAGCCGUGUGUCUGACGCAAACCUGGCCUGUAGGAAGUUAGCUGUGUCCCAUCCUAUCCUCUUACUCAGACACCUCCCCAUGAUCAGCGGUCUGCUCCACAGUCGCAUUCACCUGAACAAGCACGAGUUGAGGCAGCAAAACCACAUGACCUUCUUCAGCAACAUGCUGGCCAUCCUGGAGCUGCUGCAGCCCCUGGUUUUUCACAGCGACCACCAGAGGGCGCUUCAGGACUGCCUUCUCUCUUUUAUGAAAGUCCUUAAGAACUUUCAGACAACGCGUUCUCCGUUGAUCUUCAUCAACAAAUUCCUGCAGUUCACUCAGAAGUACAUAACGCACAACGCAGCGGCGGCCAUUCCUCAUCUGCAGAAGCAUUCCCACAUCUUACAGGGUCUGUGUGCAGAAAACCCAGACCUGGUGCAGCUGAAGUCUCUGCUCGCUGGACUCACCUUACCACUGAAAGGUUCAUCUGCAGGGGUCACAGCAGAGGAAAGAGAUGAUGACAGGUCCACCAGUUCUCUGCCCUUGGUCAACAUAUCUGCCUCAGUAUCACUAAGUGGUGUUGACAUGACCAUGUACUUGAAAAAGAUAUCCAGAGGAGAAGCAGUGGAGGAUGUGCUGGAAGUGUUGACGGAGGUAGAUGAUAAGUCGAGGAGGAGUCCGGAGAUCAUCCAGUACUUCAUAAACGACCUGCAGAGACUCAUGGUUUCCUCCGAGGAGCUGUGUCGGAACAUGGCCUUCAAUCUGGCCCUGCGCUGCAUGCAGAACAACCCCUGCCUGGCAACCGACUUCCUGCCGACGUUCAUGUACUGUAUGGGCAGUGGGAACUUUGAUGUGGUCCAGACGGCUCUCCGGAAUUUGCCAGAAUACGUACUUCUUUGUCAAGAACAUGCCGACAUCCUGCUCCACAAGGCUUUUCUGGUCGGCAUUUAUGGACAGAUCGACACCAGCUCGGUGAUCUCAGAGUCCAUGAAGGUUCUUCACAUGGAAACGACAACAUAACAAACAUCUUGCAAAAAACAACGUCAACUAUUCUCAGCAUUCCUAGCCUAGAAUAUUCCUUCGUUUGAUUCUGUGUAGCAGAAGUGGAUUAUUUUACACAUGAAGCUCAUCAGUGCUUCUUACUCGAGGCUUCAUCCCUGAGCUGGAGGCUCCAGCAGUGGGAAAACUUCAAAGACCGGUGUUAAAUCUCCCUCCUAAUGAGCUACAAGGGUUAUAAUUAAAACUGUGAAAUGACUCUUAUUGCGAGAAAAUGACAAUUAGCGCAUUAGCCGCUAAAUUAUUAGGUUGUUAAUUGUUUUAAACAGAUAAUGUAACAAUACAUUCACCAGUAAUGAGAAACUGGGACGUUGAUAAGUGAUGUCCAAUUUAUUUAAAACAUUGCGAAGUUACAGAAACAGUAGGUUUAAUAAUUGUAAUUUAUGGGUAAGGAGAAGUGUAUUAAAUUACAAAUAUUAAUCAGUUCAAUUAAGAGGGAGAUUUUGUACAUUUCUGCUGUUACAUUGCUUGAUAUCAUGUUGUGUAUUUAAAAUGGUAAAAAAAAGUCAGAUUUUUACCGUAGGCAUCGUGGUUUUUAACAUUUUAAAGAUCACUCAUGAUUUUUCUUUUUGCAUAAAUCAUAUUAUUUUGCUCUUCAACAUUUUGAUCUGAUUUUGUUAGUUUUAAGUCUUGAUAAUAAACACACAAAAAAUAAUGAAAGAAAAAUGAUAAGCAUCAGUGAAAAAAAUAUGUUUUUGAGGCUCUGAGUUGUUGACGUGAGAACUGAAUAAAACAACAUUUUGAAAAUGACUGUUUUAAUAUA